AUGCACCGUCUCAGAGGAAAGCGCUCAGCGGUCAGGGGAGAUGUGGCCAUGGCUACUCCGCAAGAACUCUUGACACAUGACAGCGACAGGCAGAGGUUUCACAAUAUCCUACAUGACCUCAGAAAUCCAAGGCUGCGCAUACACAACCCCACAACCAAACAGCUGCUCAGAGUCCCUGCCGAGUACGUGGUAGACCGGACCAUGGGCAUGUACUCCAACGUAAACCUCAUGGCAGCUCUCAUCCUCUCGGGAGUCACCAGUGUCUCGCUGACUCCGGUAGACGUCUCGAGCAUCAGUGCAGACAAGAGGACGCUUGCCAACUGCUUCAACCUGCUGGCCGAGCUGUGCAUGACGAUCAACGCUCUCAACGUGAUGUUCACCACCUACAUCCUGCUGGCUAUCGCUGCGGAGAUGCCCUCUACCAUCUACACCUUCCUGAGCAAGUCCGAAGGCUUGACCUUCAUUUACUUCUUUGCGACGUUCCUCAGUGGAAUUCUGAUCUUGGUGCUGGGUGUGCUGGCACAAUGGCUGCACGGAGAUGCCUGGGCGGCCUGGACGGCAACGAUUGCGACGGGAACCAUCUUCUUGACGAGUGCAGUACACUAUGGAUACUUGAUGAGCGUUCUCAUGCCGAUCCAGUACAGUGGGUGGGGUUUUUUCGCUUCGCUCAACCUCUUCUGGGGGAAGGAGGCGAAGGCAGAAGCAGCACGACAGGGCAGAAUCAUCGCGUCCGAGGCCGAGAGCCACCUUCCCCUGGAGAGAGAGUACCGGGAAGGGGUAAGGGACGAGAAGCUCGAUGAAGUCGUCGCAGAUCUCACCAAGCUGCUGCAUCGAGCUCUGCCGGAAGCAGCGGAGGAGAGAAUCAGCCACAUCUCCCAGCAGAUGGCGAACGAGGGGCUGGUAGUUGGGGUGCUUGCGAAUGCUGCGCGCAAGGACGCGAAGCUGAUCUAUCAGGUGCUGGGAGGAGAUGACGUGAACUUCGAGCUGCGGCGCGGGGAGCGGCUGGCAGUGAUCAACGAGUUGUUAGAGCACGAGUAA